AUGGUGUACAUCCCUCCUUCGCCAAACGGGCCUGCGGACCCGGCCUCUCCUACAGAAGCAAACUCGCAAUCUAAGGUAUUCAGCGAAGGUCAUGCGAGUGACUAUGGUCAGAACACCACUCGACGCCAUUUCGCGUACUCGGAGCCUCUGCCUCCCGUACCAGCGAGCCGUUGGGGUAAGAUUCGACUUGCUAUUCGCGAUCCCGCCGCAGAGUUCAUUGGGGUCGCCAUCCUUGUCAUGUUUGGCUGCGCAGGUAGUUGUCAGGCUGUUACUUCCACCAAUCCAGGUGUCGCUUCAACACAGCAGGGUAGUUACUUUUCCAUCGCGUUGGGUUGGGGGUUUGGCCUUGCCUUGGGUGGAUGGGUGAGUGUAGGAGUUUCGGGAGGUCACAUCAAUCCCGCGGUCACCCUGGCUAUGGCUACAUUCCGCGGGUUCCCAUGGAGGAAGGUUCCAGGCUACGUCUUCGCCCAGUUGAUGGGUGGUAUAUUCGGUGCUGCGCUAGUUUAUGCCAACUACUACCACGCCAUCAACAUAUACGAAGGCGGACACUAUAGGACACUUUCUACCGCCAGAUUUUUCGGCACCUAUGCGCUUGACUACUUGCCGAACGCGGCCGCAUUCUUCGACGAAUUCUUAGGCUGUUUCAUCCUUAUGUUAGUCAUCCUCGCCGCCACCGACAAGCGCAACUCUCCUCCUCCGGGGCUUUUUCCACUUGCUCUGUUUCUCACCCUCUUCGGUCUGGGAGUUUGCUUUGGCAUGCAAACAGGUUUUGCCGUUAAUCCAGCUCGUGAUCUGGGUCCCCGCAUUCUGACAGCAAUUGCCGGCUGGGGCAAACAGGUGUUCACCUAUCGAAACCAAUACUGGUUAUGGGCUGGUGUGUUAGCGCCCAUUUUCGGGGCUCAAAUCGCCGCGAUGUUGUACGACACCUUCAUCUAUGAUAGUCAAGACAGUUGCAUAAACCGGGCGUUCAUGAAGGUUCCUUCACGAAGGACACAGGGAAAUGCCGCUAAUUCCACCAUGGUGUGAGCGCUUGGGCAUAGUGAUUUGCGAAAAAUAACCAUCUGGUAUAAUUCAAAAAUUGCUGUCUCGAUUUCCUUCUUGGUCUUCUUGUAGACUUUAUUUCAUGUCCGUAUGAUUUAUGAUCGCUACGAAUUUUCCUUUCUCAAGCACAAGACUUUUACAAAUCAUGUUCGGUCCGAUAUUCGUAUCAGACCGGCAAAAUUUUACAUUGUCUUUUUGAGUCUUUCAUCGUUGCUAGCAUUACCCUUUCAAGUCUAGGUUAUAAUAGUUCAAUGCUUGAGACUUGAUGUUGUC